AUGGCGUCAGGAGCAGAGGAAAACAAACCCGAGUUUUACACUUACUCACAAGAGAACCAGCAGAGCUUGGAGAAAUCAGCAGGUGUACCUCUCAGUGACUUUGUUUUACAGCUGGAAGACUAUGCGCCCACAAUUCCAGAUUCUGUCACUGGUUACUAUCUGAACAGAGUUGGCUUGGAUUCCAGUGAUCCACGGAUACUGAGACUGAUUUCCCUGGCCGCUCAAAAGUUUAUCUCAGAUAUAGCCAACGAUGCCCUCCAGCAUUCCAGGAUGAGAGCAUCAGGACAGAGCUCUAAGAAGCCAGGAAAGGACAAAAAGAUGACCUUGCAGAUGGAGGACCUGUCACCUGCCCUGUCCGAAUAUGGAAUCAACGUCAAGAAACCAAUUUAUUUUGUGUAG